AUGGGGGCGUGUUUUUCCUGCAGAUCAUCACCACCACCCAAGAGCAUAAGACUAGUUCACAUGAAUGGCUACGUGGAGGAUUUCCAACAUCCUGUUUCAGUCAGCCAAGUCACCGGCAAGCCUCCCAAGCACUUUGUGUGCACCCCAGCUCAGCUUCUCUGCGCCGGCUCCGAGCCGCUGCAACCCAACACCCAGCUCGAAGCUGGCAAAAUAUAUUUCCUGCUGCCAUUCUCAGUAUUACGAGCUGAUGUUUCUCCACUGGACUUGGUUUCCAUCAUUAAGAAGCUAACUGCAGUAGCGAAAGCUAGCCGGCGUGAGCCUCAAUUGCCCGGAGCUAGUCCAUACGGCUUGAGCCCAGUUACGAGUCCAAGCCGGUUUAUGGAGCCGGAGGGAGAGAUGAUGGGGUACGGUGCAGACAGGUCGGCUAGAGCGCGGUCAUGGAAGCCUAUAUUGGACACCAUUAAAGAGAAGUCGUUCAAUCGUAGAAGCGAAUCAGAUUUGCAAGAAAAGUAG